GACCAAGCGUUCAUCCAAACCAUCUUGCUCGCAACAAUACCCCUCUCCUUGGCUCUUUCAUCGCUCCCAACGUCACUUAGCACACAUUCUAGACCUGGACUCUACAAUUUACACCGACUAGACAAUUUAUCAUGCUGCCGUUUAGGGCUGCUGCACGAUCAGCUCCACGGCGCUUGACCGCCGCUGCGCCCGCGGCCCUCCGCGCCGCCACUGCCGCACCAGUGGCGGGGCCAUCACGCUUGGCAUCCGACUACCUCCAGCACUCGCGCCCGUCCCUCUCGCGCGCACUGCACGCCACGCGCGCUUCUUUCAAGGACAAGCGAUGGGUGAACAGCGCUCUCAAAGAAGACAAGGACGCCAAAGAGAAAGACGAGGAGGGCAAGGAGGGCGAGGCGGCUGCCGAGGAGGCCGUCGAGGCUGAGGAAGGUAAAGAGGCAGAGGAGAAGCGGGGUGUGGCCAAGGAGGACAAGGCAGGCAAGGAGGGCGAGGCCGCCGAGGUGCGCGCCAAGUCAUCGUCUAGUUCUGGCACUUCGGCUCCCAUGUCGUCGUCCAAGGGAUCGGGCGGCACACCACCACCCGGCGGCAAGGGCGGCAGCAAGGAGAUUGCCAAGCCCUCCAUCCCCGACGUGUACCCCCAGGUCCUCGCUCUGCCCAUCACCCGCCGUCCCCUCUUCCCCGGCUUCUACAAGGCGGUGACUAUCACCUCUCCGGCGGUCAUCAAGGCGAUCCGCGAGCUCAUUACCCAUGGCCAGCCGUACAUCGGCGCCUUCUUGCUCAAGGAUUCGGACUCGGACUCGGACGUCAUCACCAGCAUGGACCAGGUGCACCCCGUCGGCGUGUUCGCGCAGAUCACGAGCGUGUUCUCGAGCGCCGACCAGAACAGACAGCCGGACAACGAAGAUCCCGACAAGCCCGAGACGCUCACUGCCGUUCUCUACCCUCACCGCCGGAUCCACAUCGACGAGCUCGUCACGCCGUCGUCGGCACCACCCGCGCCGCCCGCCGCACACGAGGUGGCUGAGAGCGAGGAGAAGGCAGAGGCCGAGGUCGCAUCGUUUGAGAAGGAUGUGCCGAGUGUCGAGGAGACGCGCGAGGCGCUCCAUGAGGGCGAGGUCGAGGGCGAGGACGGCGAUGUCGUCGAGCCUUCGAAGCCUACCUCGCAGAUCGGCUUCCUCCACCCUCUCGUGCCCGAGAUCUCGCUCACCAACGUGUCCAACCUUGACCUCGAACCGUACAAGAAGGACUCGCAGGUGGUGCGCGCGAUCAUGGGCGAGAUCCUCGCCGUGUUCAAGGAGAUUGCGCAGCUCCAACCCAUCUUCCGCGAGCAGAUUGCCAGCUUCACCAUGUCCAACUCGGCCGCCAACGUCUUUGACGAGCCCGACAAGCUGGCCGACUUUGCGGCGGCUGUGUCGACUGGCGACGUCCACGACCUCCAGUCGGUGCUCGAGUCGCUCAACGUCGAGGACCGGUUGCAGAAGGCGCUGCUGAUCCUCAAAAAGGAGCUUAUCAACGCGCAGCUCCAGAGCAAGAUCUCGCGCGACGUCGAGUCCAAGAUUCAGAAGCGCCAGCGCGAGUACUACCUGAUGGAGCAGCUCAAGGGUAUCAAGAAGGAGCUCGGGAUGGAGAGCGACGGCAAGGACAAGCUCGUUGAGCGGUUCAAGGAGAAGGCGUCCAAACUCGCCAUGCCUGAGGGCGUCAAGAAGGUGUUUGACGAGGAGCUCAACAAGCUCGUGCACCUUGAGCCAGCGGCGAGCGAGUUCAACGUCACCCGCAACUACCUCGACUGGCUGACGCAGAUCCCGUGGGGCGUGCACUCGUCUGAGAACUUCAACAUUGCGCACGCGACAAAGGUGCUCGACGAGGACCACUAUGGCCUCAAGGACGUCAAGGACCGCAUCCUCGAGUUCCUGGCUGUCGGAAAGCUCCGCGGAACUGUCGAGGGCAAGAUUAUCUGUCUGUCUGGCCCGCCCGGUGUGGGCAAAACAUCGAUCGGCAAGAGCAUUGCCCGUGCGCUCGGGCGUCAGUUCUUCCGCUUCUCUGUCGGCGGCCUGACCGACGUGGCCGAGAUCAAGGGUCACCGCAGGACGUACAUCGGUGCUAUGCCCGGCAAGCCUAUCCAGGCGCUCAAGAAAGUGGCGGUUGAGAACCCGCUGAUUCUCAUUGAUGAGAUUGACAAGCUCGGCCGCGGGCACAAUGGCGACCCGGCAUCGGCGCUGCUUGAGAUGCUCGACCCAGAGCAGAACUCGUCCUUCCUCGACCACUACAUGGACGUGCCCGUCGACCUGUCGCGCGUGCUGUUCGUGUGCACGGCCAACGUGCUCGAGACGAUCCCUGCGCCGCUCCUGGACCGCAUGGAGGUGAUUGAGGUCAACGGCUACGUGCAGGCUGAGAAGGUCAAUAUUGCCGACAAGUACUUGAGCCCGCAGGCCAAGGAGGCAUCCGGGCUCAAGGACGUCGACAUUGAGAUCACGCCCGAGGCGAUCGAGACUUUGAUCCGCUGGUACUGCCGCGAGUCGGGCGUCCGUAACCUGAAGAAGCACAUCGACAAAGUGUACCGCAAGGCGGCGUUCAAGAUUGUGAACGACCUCGGGGAAGAGGCGCUUCCUGAACCGGCUGCAGAGAUUCCGAAGGAGGAGGUCAAGGAGGGCGAAGUGGAGACGCAGACCCCCGACGCUAAGCCUAAGAGCGAGCGUCUGCCCGGUGACGAAAAGUCUGACGCCGCCGAGACGACCAAGACGACAACAGCAGUCCGGCAGCCCCUCACCGUGCCCGAGGGCAUCCAUGUGCGCGUCGGCGUCGACAACCUCAAGGACUACGUCGGCCCGCCCGUGUACCACAAGGACCGGCUGUACAACAAGGCGCCGCCGGCGGGCGUGAGCACGGGCCUGGGCUAUCUUGGCAACGGGAGCGGGUCGGUCAUGCCCAUCGAGGUGACGAGCAUGCCUGGCAAGGGCGGGUUGCAGCUCACGGGCAAGCUGGGCGAGGUUAUCCGCGAGAGUGCGCAGAUUGCCCUGUCGUGGGUCAAGAGCAAUGCGUUCUUGCUGGGGAUUACAAAGAGCGAGGCGGAUCUGACUGUGAACGACCGGGAUAUCCAUUUGCACAUGCCCGAGGGCGGUAUUGGCAAGGAGGGCCCGUCGGCCGGCACGGCGAUUUUGACGGCAUUCGUGUCGCUGCUCACCAAGACGCCGGUGGACCCCGACGUGGCCAUGACGGGCGAGAUCUCGCUGCAUGGCCAGGUCCUUCCCGUGGGCGGGCUCAAGGAGAAGAUCUUGGCCGCACACCGCGCCGGCAUCAAGAAGCUCGUGGUGCCACUUGCGUGCAAGUCGGACAUUGACGAGAAUGUGCCCGCGUCCGUCAAGGAGGGCAUCGAGUUUGUGUUUGUCGACGAUGUGCGGCAGGUGCUUGCCGAGGUGUUCCGCGGGACAGACGUGGCUGCGCGCUGGCGCGAGACGCUGCCCUCAGAGGCGCCCGUGAGAGCUGUUGAGGAGGCGCAGAUCGCUGCCUCGGCGUAGCGGGGAGGGCGGAGGAGGAGAUCAUACCCCUAGACGAAACAUAGCAUUGGAAUCAUUAGCAUGCAUCACUCUUGUAGACCA